CCACGGCAUAACGAUCACGCAUACAUACAUGCAGUACCAACGACUAUACAUAGCCAUCUCAACCGACACCGCUGGUUCCCUGGAUAUAUAUAGACCACCAACUCAACUACAAUUUCAAGCCUCUCUCCAGAAACGUCAUCGGUUCCCAUGUCUUGUUUAAGCAAGUCAUCGUAGUGCGAGUUGGCUUGCAGACCAGCCAACAUGCCCGACGCAACCAAGGCCGCGCACUACCUGCAGCAGCUCGACGAUGCCCGUUGCGAUGAGAACUGGGAUGCCGUGCCCGAGCUGGUCCGCAAAGUGCGCAAGCACGCUCCAGAGCGGUCCUGCCUCACCCUCACCGCCGAGAUCGAGCACGCAAUCGUCAAAGCCAACCUCAAAACCCCCCAGACAAUAACCGCCGCCGGUGCUCCUCCUCCCAGCGAAGACCACCACCACCCCCCUUCCUCUCCGUCCACGCCUCGCCCAACCACCGCAACCCUCCCACAGCUGACAGCCAGCACCACCGGCCCCCAACAUGCCGAGGCCGCAUCCAAACUCCCCGCCCUGUUGGCAGCGAUCGAGUCGGAAACGCACCAACACGCCCAGGACCGCUUCCAGGCGCGCGUGUGCGCCGGCUGGCUGCUGUGGGCGCUGCGCGACUACCCGGCCGCCCUGGCCCGCCUCCCCGAUCCGGGCGCCGACGAUGAAGAAGGCGGUGGCCUACUGAACAACAACAAUUGCUGGGAAUGGACCAAGGUGUGCGCGCUCAAGGCGGCCUACCUCCGCGCCAACUGCCUUGCGUGCGACGGACAGCGCAUCGGUGCCCUUGCUGCGUUUGAGACGGCUCUGCCGGGUCUGGGAAGCGUGUGGGCGGCUGGUGCCGGAUCUGGUGCCGGCGGAGGGGAUCAACAAUUGGGUGGUAGUAGUGGCGGGGUGCUGCGCAAGCAGACGCGGUACUGGGCGGAGCUGUUCCUGACCGAGUAUUGCAUGCUGUACAGCCAGGCGGUGAAGGAAGGGGUGCGGUCGCUGGUGGAGGACGGAGGCGAUUGUCUGGCCUGCUUCAGGACCUGGGCCAGGUACUGGACCGCAGCAGGCGGCAGCGUUGCCGUCGGCGGGGGGUAUGGCUUCCGCGGGUCGGUGCCGCGCCGCCAGGUCUGGGCCGAGUACUACGCGGCUGUGUCGCUGAUUCUGCAGCGGGGUCUGCCGUUCCCUACCGGUUACGCGGUGGGAGCCUGGGGCGGCUGGGAAGGCAGAUUGUCAUCGGCGAAAAGCCAGCUGAGGGCCGAGUUGAAGCGGGUGGAGACGGUGUAUCAGGGCUUGUUGUUCGCCGAGACGGCGUUUCCCAAGGCGGACGAGGAGAGGGUUGAGGUGGAAGACUUUGUCGAGCGCAUGAUGCAGAACUGGGCCAUCCUAAACGGGCGCGGCUGGAAGGAGGCUGAUCUCGGUGCCGGCGGGCGGGCGUCGCUCUGCCGCGGCACCCUGGACACGCUGUAUGCCGCCGCGGCCAAGACGUAUCACUCGACGGCGAUCCUGAGGCAUUUAUUCACGGUGCAUCUUGCCGUGGCCGAGUUUGAUUUGGCCUUCAUGUCGUUUGACUCGUGGUUUGAGCUGGUGAAAAAGGGCCGGGCGAGGGUGGAGAAAACGGGCCGUCCCGAGCCGGCGCUGGAUGAUGAUGCGACUGUUCUCGAGACCGUUUCGGCUUGUAUUGCGGCUCUCUGCCGCUACGGGGGCAGAGAGGCGGCGGAAAAGGCACGGCAUCUCGGGGGGCAGCUUGAAGACCUGGUUGGGAAAUUGGAGCGGAAAGACUCGAAUGGUGCUGCCAAUGGCGCUUCCAAGGACAAGGUCCCACCCAGCACACUGGCAGUAGCGUGGCAGUCAAUCGGGCUGGCGCAUGCCCAGUGGGCGCGGAUGACAUACGAGUCAGAGACUCGGGCGUCGAUCCAAGAGAAGGCGAUUCAGUGUCUUCGGAAAUCGCUGGCUCCCGAAUACGGCAAUCCAGUUGAUGUCAGGGGUGUGUUUGCCCUGGGGUUGCUGUACGCCGAGCAGCGCAAGCUCUCGGCGUCGAUCGAGCUGGUCAAGUCAGCUCUUCUUGUCGAUAAGGCGGCCGAUGACAGCCAGGAACUCCUCAACGGGCCCUACUGGCGCGAAAGAUCACUAAUACCGCUCUGGCAUCUCCUUGCGCUCAUGCUCAGCGCGCGGCAGGAGUAUUUAAUGGCGGCGCGAGCGUGCGAGGGGGCCAUAGAGCAGUUCAAGGACCCGCACGUGCUCUUUGGCAGCAGGCACCUGAACCCGAUCUACCGGAGCGAACAUCUCAACGAUGCCGAAGCAAAGGGUGGGAAGGCUGGUGGUGAUGGCAUUGUAGACGAGAUGGACGACUAUGAAAAGGAGGGCAUCCUGCAAAUCAAGAUGACGCAGCUCACAAUCCUCGAGCUGAUCGAAGGGCCGGCGGUCGCUGUCAAUGCCAGCACGGAGCUGCUUACCCUUUACCCCCGGUUGUUCGGGGACCCGGAGCAGAAACUAGAACUGGACUCUAAACCUGAGCCGCCCAAAACCUCGGCCACGCUCCGUAGCCUCAGGGGUAGCGUUUUUGGCAGCCGGUCGGACAAGACUUCCCAUCCUCGGCAAAGCGUCCUCAAUAACAACACUGAGAAGCUAGCAACGAUCCCUUCCCGGCCGCAGACGACGCAAACUGCUCAAAGCGUCGCCACCACAACACUAACCCUCCAGCCCUCCAGCGAGCAAUCCGUAGACCCCCAUUCAAGUCGCAGAUCAAUGAAGUCUGAGAGCGUCAAGGGAAGGACGCGGAACAGCCUCCGUAAGCGGGACAGGAGCGGCAGCCGGCAGCGGGCACUCAGCAGCGGGGGCCCGCCAAUCCCGCCGCUGGAAGGGGAUAGGUACCUCGCCACGUUCGACGCAUCGACUCCGACGCCGACAACCCUGAGCCACGGGGAUUCUAACGGCACCUCUCGCUCCGGGCCUGCGGGUAUGGGCGUUGGACUGGUUGGGUCCUCCUUUGUGCCGUUGUUGCCGUACGUGCAGUUUCCCCAGGAGCAUACCAACAGGAGGAGGAAGGCGAUCCUCGUCAAAGUGUGGCUUGUCAUUGCGGGGUUCUACCGGCGGGCUGGCCUGCCCGAGGACUCCCGCAAGGCCAUCGUCGAGGCGCAAAAGAUUGUGCAGAGCCUGGAGACAGACGUUGUGAAUGACCCGUCAGGCUCGCUCUCUGUCCGGCAGGCGGGCUGGGGGGCGGAGAAGAGUGUCGAGGAGGUUUGGGCGGAUGUUUGGGCUGAGAAAGGGAACCUAUCACUCGCAUUGGAGAAGUGGUACCAAGCGCGCAACGAUUUCGAGACGGCACUGACGCAUUUCCCGGAUCAUCCCGGUGCCAUUGUCGGCCUGUCCAACAUCCUCAUGGACAUUUACUCGGAGAAGCUGCUCCCGCCGCCGGCCGUCCCAGGACUAGAUCUCGACGGGCUAUCGCUUAACGAACAGAACACUCCUCCUGGCGCCGCCGCCGCGACGAUGCGGGCCACGCAGCAAGACGACGACAAGCUCCCCAGCCUGCCCUCCGAGCCGCUUGGCUUGGGUCCGACGCGGCCAGCAAAGACAACCAAGAAAAAGGCGGCAACAAGCACAGCAGGUGAAACAACAAAUGGGUGCGCAGCAGCCACUACCACCACAUCAGCCCUGCUCGGCCCGCAGCUGCCGCCGCCGCACCUGGCCACGUCGCUCCCCCCGAACGACAGGCUCGCGGCGCGGGACCGUGCGUACGGCCUGCUAUCGGGGCUGACGCGGCUCGGAAGCGGGUGGAACUACUCGGACGCGUGGCUGGCGCUGGGGAGGGCAUACGAGGAGAGUGGGCAGGUGGAGAAAGCAAGGGACGCGCUGUGGUGGUGUGUUGAGCUGGAGGAUGGGAGGGGCGUGAGGGAUUGGGGGGUUGUGGCUGGCGGGUAUGUCCUG